AGGUAGCGCGAUGGCGAUUGGAGAUGCCAUAUAAAAUCAGAGACAAUCCAAUCGUGCAACAGUGUAGACCACGGCGCAGUAAAGAAUGGAUCGCUGGAACGGAAAAGUAGCAAUCGUGACUGGUGCCAGCUCGGGCAUCGGAGAAGCAACGGCUGCCGCGCUCGUGAAAAAAGGUGUAAAAGUCGUUGGUCUCGCGAGGAGAGUGGAAAAACUUCAGGAACUGGGCAAGAAAUUGGGGAAGGAUAAAUUUCAUUCUAUUCAAUGCGACGUGAGGAAGGAAGAGGACAUCUUGAAAGCGUUCCAAUGGACAGAGAAGGAGCUUGGCGGUGUCGAUAUUCUCGUGAACAAUGCUGGAGUGGCUGUUCACAGUCAAAUCCUCGAAUCACCGACCGAGGAGUACUACAAAGUGAUCGACACCAAUCUCAUUGCUCCAGCAGUCUGUGCACGAGAAGCUGUUAAGUCUCUCAAAAAGCGAGGCAGUCCUGGACACAUAAUCAACAUCAACAGCAUCGCUGGCCACUUUGCUGAAAGUAUACAUCUACCUCUUGGUAUGUACUGUCCCAGCAAAUAUGGGUUGACCGCUUUGGGCUCAGAAUUGAGACAUGAACUAAUUGCUGGCGAAUUGAAGAUCAAAGUCACUAGCAUCAGUCCUGGAGCUGUGAAAACUGACAUGAUAACUGGUGUACUGCCACCGAAUAUAAAAAUCCCAAUUUUGGAAGCGGAGGACAUUGCAGCAGCUGUUGUCUAUGCUUUAGAAACACCAGAGCGUGUUGAAAUUCCAGAAAUUACAAUCAUACCGCACAGUUCUGCCAUAGGAGCUCCUUCAAUUCCAGAACUGAGCAAGAAAUAAGACCACAAGGAAGAAGUAUUACAUGUGUUUUUCUUUUCAAUACGCUUUUUUAUUUUUAUAAUGAAUGUCAAUUAAAUGAAAGCUAAAGAAAAGUGAUACACAAGCUACUGUAUUAGAUAACACACUGUGAAUAACAUAAUAUUGUUAAAACAAUAGAUCAAACUCAGUUAAUAAAGAUAUUGUUCUUGUAACA